AUGAAAUAAACAUAGAAUCCAAAUCGUGAAUAUCUUUCGAUUUAUAAAUAAAUAUGUUAAGAAUAACAUGUUCAUUUAAGUAAAACAAUAAGUAUUUAAAUAAAUAAUAAUUCUAUAGCUUAAGGUUUGAAGGAUCAAUCAUUAAGAUUGAAUGCAGUUUUAAUAAGAAUAGAAGAUAUAAUACCAUUAUAAUUAUUAUUAAGUUUAUGUCAUUUUGAUUCUAUUGUUGUAUUUGGUAGAUUAAGAAAGAAAAUGAACAAAAGUAUUAUUCAUAAAUUUACAUUAAAAUAGAUGAUAUAGUAAGUUUAGAGGAACUACAAUAAAUAAUAAAUGGAAUAUUAACUGCUAUUAAUCUAAAUUUAACAUAGACCUAAUUUAAUUUAAUGCAAAUACAUAUUACUGAUUUAAUAUUGAGUCCAAAAGAUUGUGAAUCUAUUUCAUUUGGAUUGAAAAGUACAAAAACAUUAAAAGAAUUAAAAAUAACAAAUUGUAGUUUGACAAGUUAACAUUUAUAAAUUCUAUCUGAACCUAUUUAAUAAUGUGUAUCUCUAAAUUUAUUGGAUUUAUCAAAUAAUUUAUUAAAAGAAAAUGCUGGAAUGAUAAUUGGUAAAAUUAUAAGUUCACAUGCUGGUAGAAGAGAUGAAAUGAAAUGGGCAGAAGAAAUAAGAGGAGAUGGUUACAUUAUUAAUCUUAUUUAUUAGAACCUCCUUAAUAGUUGACUUUAUAAGGAUUAUGUGAAAUAUUUUUACAUCAAAAUAUGUUUGAUGAUAGAUGUGUUAAAGAUUUAUGCAAUUUUUUGAUGUAUGAUUCUUGGACUAAGAAUAUUGGAUUGAGAGAAAAUCAAAUUGGAGAAGAAGGUGUUAAAUUGUUUAGUUAGAUUUUGGAUACAAAUGAAUCAUUAAUCUCUUUAGAUUUAAGAGAAAAUCCAGGAUUUGUUGAACCGUAUUCUAAGGAUAUAUUUGACAAGUUGGUUCGCAAUAUUUAAUUAUUUAAAGAACAGAAGAAUUAUUAUGAAGAUGUAGAAGAAAAUCAAUAAGAUGAUUAUCCUAUCAUUUAAGAACAACUUCAAGAAGAGUCUGAAGAAUUAGGUUAAUUAUAUAUUUUAUUUAGAAUGCUCUAAUUGUAAGUAGUUACUAAGGUAAAACAAAUAAUUGUAAAAGAAACUGCAAUAAUUGCAAUAGAGAACAAAAAAUGAUUAUCAAUAAAUGAAUUCAGAAAAUUAGAAAGAUGAACAAGAAUCGUAAGAUUUAUUGAUUUAAAUUGAAAAUAAAAUGAAUGAAUUGACUACUUUAAUGGAUAUGCUAGAAUAAUAUAAAUAAAAAUAAUAAAAUUAAUAAAGAUAGGAUUCUGGAAGUAAAGGGAAAAAAAAGAAAAGGAAAAUACUAAAAACACCUAUAUGA